AUGAUUGAGUCUUGGGGCUCUGGAGAUCCUGAACGUUCUGGACUUGUUGGAUUUGUUGAAGGUCCUACAGGUCUUGAAGGUCUGAGUACGAUGCGUCUUAAAUUUGUUGAACUUCUUGAAGGUCCUAUACGUCUUGAAGAUCUGAGUACGAUGCGUGUUUUACUUGUUGAACGUGUUGAACGUGUUGAUGGUCCUGAAUGUUCUGGACUUGUUGGACUUGUUGGACUUGUUGAAGGUCCUGAAGGUCUAGGUACGGUGCGUGCUGUACUUGUUGAACUUGUUGAAGGUUUUACAGGUCUUGAAGAUCUGAGUACGAUGCGUAUUUUCCUUGUUGAACUUGUUGAACAUGUUGAAGGUCCUGAUGGUCCUGAAUGUUCUGGACUUGCUGGAUUUGUUGGACUUGUUGAUGGUCCUGAAGGUCCUGGUGAUCCUGAAGGUCUGAGUACGAUGCGUGUUGUACUUCUUGAACUUCUUGAAGGCCCUAUAGGUCCUGAAGGUCUGGAUACGAUACGGAAAGGGUUAGGAUCGUCUGAUGCCUCUUCGUACAUGAUGUUUUGA